AUGUUUACUUAAAUUAACCACUAAAUUCCACCACAUAUGGUUUCUUAAAUACCUCCUUUCUAAUAACCUUAGCCAUCUUAAAACUCUUUGAUGUAUGCUAAGUAAAUGUUCGCUCCUCAAGCACCUCCCCAUAUUUAAAUUCACAAUUAAUUUAUUGAGGCCGAAUAGUAAAUUUAACAAGAAAUUUAGUAACUUUAAUAACUUUAAUUAUAGAUUAAAUUACGCUAAUAAUAAUUUAUCUCAUAAUUAAAUACUCCAUCCAUUCCUAUGCAACCUUAUCAUCAAGGUGCUGCUAUCAAUGGUAUUAUUCCUCCAUAUGGUCACUAAAAUUUAAAUAUAUAAAAUGGUUAUAAUUAACGCAAGGGUCUACCAGUUAUUGAAAAUAAUGAACUCAGCAGAGUACCUUUACAUUUAAAUUAAGAUAUUCCUACAAAUUUGAAAAAUUACAAUUUGCAACAAUAGCCCUUGAGCAUGUAUAUGGGUGACCAUGCAAGUUAAAUGCCUCUUAACAGAAAGAGGGCUUAUGAUAUUAAUUACUAAUAUUCUAAGAUCGAAGAUCAAAGUGACUCUCCAUCUCAUGAAAACUUUGUUCAUAAAAAGUUAUGUACUGAAGACCUUAAAUCCACUACAACUUUACUUGAAUAAAGCAUGCUCCAUUAAAAACUAAGUGGCUAUCCAAAUAUGAACUUAAUGUAUGGAUAAUAGUCAUUUGCUUAAAAAUGUAUUCCUUCAAACAUUUCUGAUUGCUCUUCCACUCAAUCAAUCAGAAAUAACUAACCCUCCAUUAAUAACUUCGGAAUGGAAUAAAAUUAUAGCAACUCAGUUUAUUAGCAAAAUCACAUGAAAAAUAAUAUAUUGAUGGUCAAAAAGGAAGCUAAAAAUGAAUUAAUUACUAUCCAAGAAGACCACUUGUAAGAUUAAAACAGCUCAGACAAUCAAAAUUCCGACAAGAGAUGCAAGAAAGAAAUCUAAAACGAUAGUAAUUACACAAAAAAUCUUCUUAAAGGUUUCCGUCGUCACAUGAAUAAGAAAUAUAAGGACAACAAAGAUACUAUUGAAAAAUUUUAACAAUAUUUUUACAAUAACACACUUAGCAACGAAUUCAUUUUAACUCUUCUUGAAAACUCUCCCUACUAAUCUGAAUUUGAGGACUUUUUAUAAACUGAUCCUUAAUGGUGGAUUAAAGAAGCUAAAAUCAAAGAGCCAACCCGUUAAUUAAAGUUCUUUGAGACUGUGAAAAAUAAAAAUUAUGCUGACAUUAGAACAAAGAGAAAAGGAAAGCAAACUAAUACAGUCAAUGCUCCUACUAGCAGCUCUCCUUCUGAAGAAUAAAACUAAUAAACAGAAAAUAUUGUAUAAAACGAAUAAUAAAACACAAAUACUUAGACUGUAGUAGCCUAAGCUGAAGCUGAGGCUGAGGCUGAUAACACAACUACUGCUUAAUGA